AUGCGCGUCACGGCGCGGCGCGCCGGCGUCCUCGGAACGGUGGGCUCCCGGCCCCCCAAGUCGCUGGCGGACGCGGCGCGCGCGCUCUGUGGCUGCUCCCACGACGACGGCAUCGCCUCCGGGAACAGGCUGAUGGGCAACCACCUGAGGGCCGGCAGGCCGGGCGCCGCGCGGGAGGUGUUCGACGGAAUGCCGCGGCGCGACGUGGUGUCCUGGAACUCCCUCAUGGCCGCGCACGCGCGGGAGGGCGCGCACCGGGAGGCUGCGUACGCGUUCCUGGAGCUGAGGCGGCGCGGGGUCCGGCCGGACCACACCUCGUUCUCAACCGUGCUGUCGUCUGUCGCGCGGCUCGAGGCUCUGGAGCUGGGGCGGUGCGUCCACGGGCUCGCGCUCAAGUCCCGCUCCACGGGUAAUGUGUUUGUGGGCGCUUCGCUCGUCACCAUGUACGCUAACUCUGGGGUUUCCGGUUGCCUGCAGCGAGUCUUUGAUGAAGUCGACACUCCAAAUGCGGCCUUGUGGAAUGCUCUAGUAUCAGGCCUCGUGAUGAACCAUCGAGUAGCCGACGCCCGCAGGGUUUUCGAUCAGAUGCCGACUCGCAAUGUCGUUUCCUGGACGGCCUUGGUAAAAGGCUAUGUUACGGUGCACGAGGUGGAGCUGGCGCAGGAGCUGUUUCACUUGAUGCCCGUGAAGAAUUCUGUGUCGUGGUGUGUCAUGAUAGGAGGGCUUGUGCACCAUCAGCGAUUCAGAGAGGCAGUUGAAGUGUUCAAAAGUUUGAUGAGGAAUGGGGAUGGAGUGACAAAUGCGGUUCUAGUUAAGGUUGUGAACGCCUAUACUGGCCUGAAAAGUAUUGGAGGAGGCAGAUGCAUUCAUGGGUUUUCUGUCAAGUCUGGAUUCGUUCUUGACCUGAUUAUCGAGGCAUCAUUAGUUGCGAUGUACUGUAACUCCUUGGACAUCGAUGAAGCACAAUUGGAAUUUGAUAAAAUGGAUAGAAAACAUGUUAGUUCAUGGAAUGCCGUCAUAUGUGGCUAUAUUAAUGCAGACAAGAUUGAUGAGGCUAGAAAACUUUUUGAUUCCAUGAUCGAGAGAGAUAAGAUCUCAUGGAACUCGAUCAUUAAUGGCUAUAUCAGAGAUGGAAGAAUUACUGAUGCUACUGAGUUGUACUCAAGAAUGCCUGAGAAGAACAUGGAAGCAGCCACUGCUUUCAUGUCAUGGUUUGUAGACAACGGAAUGCUAGAUAAAGCACGGGAUAUGUUUUAUAGUAUGCCCCAAACAGAUGUAAUGUCGUGUACAUCUUUACUCUUUGGAUACAUGAAAGAAGGAUAUCUGGAUGAUGCACUGGACCUUUUCCAUAGGAUGAACAAAAGAACUGUGGUCACUUACAAUGUGAUGAUAGCUGGUUUUCUUCAUCAAGGCAAGGUUACUGAAGCUUACAGGCUAUUCAAUGAAUCACCUUCUCAUGAUUCAGUGACUUGGAGCUGUUUAAUUACCGGGCUAGCUCAAAAUGGUUUAACUGAUGAUGCACUUAGGAUGUACAAGAAAAUGCUAUUAACCUAUGUGCGCCCAAGCGAGUCAGUGGUUUCUAGCCUCAUAAGCUGUUUUGCACACCAUUCUAUGAUUGUUCAUGGUCAGCAGUUUCAUGCCACAACCAUCAAGCUUGGGCUUGAGUUAUGUUUACUAAUUCAGAAUUCACUUAUUAGCCUAUAUUGCAAAUGUGGCGAAAUGAUCACAGCCCUGAAUAUUUUUGAUCAGAUGGUUAACAGAGAUGUGGUUACAUGGAAUACAAUAAUUCAUGGAUACGCAUUCAGUAACCUUGGUCAAAAAGCUAUUGAAAUGUUCGAGAAUAUGAAGAUGGCACAAGUUGAUCCUGAUGAAAUCACAUUUGUUGGUGUACUUUCUGCAUGUAAUCACAUGAGUCUUUUGGAGGAAGCAAAACAUUUCUUUGAUGCGAUGACGAGUGAACAUGGAAUUGUGCCUAAUAUAACGCACUAUGCUUGCAUGGUUGAUCUAUUUUGUAGGAGAGGCAUGGUUGAGGAGGCUGAAGGUUUAGUUAAGUCGAUGCCAUUUGAACCUGAUUCAGCAAUAUGGACCUCUCUCUUGAGCAGCUGCAGAUUGAGUGGCAAUGAUAAGUUAGCGGAGCAUGCAGCAAGUCAAUUGAUCGCCAUAAAUCCUGGCACUAAAAUGCCUUAUCUGCACCUUAUCAGUGUACAUGGAUCAACAAAUAGAUGGGGUGUGAUUGAUAGUCUGCGAAGUCAAAUUAGAAGAACUGCCACUGCGAAAGAAGUUGGUUAUAGCUGGAUUUAGAUAGAAUCCUACCAUGACCCACUGUUGAUGUAUUUUAUCAAUGGUGGUUCAGUGUAGUACCAAAACACUAUGCUGUAUACAGUGAGGCACAGCUGGUAUAUACUUUCAGUAUCCAUGGUGCAGCCCGUGAUCAUUUAUAUGGACAUUUCAACCAAACAGACUGCUUGAGAGUUCAGUACACAGACUCUUGGUGGAUGGGUUAACCUAGUCAUAUUGGUGUGGAAUGCGAAAAGUGUGAGACACAUCUGUCAGGAAUACGGCGCCGAAUUUUGCCGAAGCGGAAACCUUUCAACCAGGUUAAGAAGAGUUCGGUCAGCAGAGGAUGGAAGGCGUGGCGCAGGCCGAGAUAUGUUCAGUUCAAUCCCUGCAUUUCAGAUCAGCGCCGACUGUCGGAUGUAACCGGGUCUGCGAAAAAUACCCAGCCAAUCUAUGUGUGGCAUCCACCGAAUGGCCUCUGCCCUCCACACCGGCAGCACUGCUCAGCAGCUAAGGAUCAUGGUGACUGUCAGGCUGAGCACAGGGAAUGCGACGGUCGCCGUCGCAAACUACAUGGCAGGGCGUUGGCAGCUUUAAGGCUCGGCGAAGCAGAGCUUCACCAGGGAAGCCGAUGCACCGUGCUCACCGGAGAAGACCUUCGCCUGAUGGAUGGUCGAAGCGGUAACCCGUCUAGCCGGAGCUCGCUCCCGACCUUUUCUGGGCGGGAAGCUGGCUCUGGACCUUCUGCCACUCUUCUUUGAGCUGUUCUUUGUAUUGCUCCUAGACUGUACCACAUUCAAUUAGUCUGCACUCUAAUUCCUCCCUGUGUCUCAAAAACACACUAUCUUGUGAGGUAAUGAUGCAUCGAACAACACGACAAUAAACAAAGGCUUUACUCCACUAAGAACACAACAAUUAUCAAGGAUAUAUGAAAAAAGUGCUAGGCAUUAAUCGUGUGUA